AUGGGGGAAAAAAACCGAAAAAUACAGUCACCCACCAUACCGAACGUAAUUCAGGCAACUACGGGACAAGGGCGGCUGAGGGACCGAAGGGAUCUUGGAGCAUGGCGACCCUUCGACAGAAGUGCGAAUGAGAGCUGGAGAAAUUUGAAUGGCUCAGGACUAGCUUAUGGACUCUGGGAAUAGAGUACGAAAUGAAUAAAUUAGUGAAGAGAA